GCUUGGGGCGGGAGACAGGGGCUCUGCCGGCCUGGACACCUCUCGCUCCCCGUCAGCAGAUCCAUCUUUCUGAUGCUAUACUGUAAAUUUAUUUCACCUCAGAGAGUAAACAGAUAUAUUGGAGCCCCAAGGGUUCAUGGGUAGCGUAUUUACAAAGGAGCCUCUCCGCCAGCCCGUGCCACCGCUGCUAAUGAGAGCGGUCAUUAAGUAAAUGAGACGUCGCCUUUAGCUGGCUUAGGAGUUCGCACACUAAAGGGAGAGGAUAUUUAAUUGAAACCCGCACACAGGCUUCCCCACAUGCGACCACCGGAAGGGAGGCAGCUGCCUUGCCUCUCCUCCCCGAACACCCGCACCCCCAUGUAAAUUUCAUGAUUGCUUUCCGUGAUGUCAUUUUGAAAGAGGACAGACAAUAGCUGUGGGGAAAAAGAAAAUGAGUUCCGGGGUGAGUUGCUGAGUCAGAGGUGGACGCACGGAGACAAGACCGACAACUGCAGGACCCCGAGACUCUUCCUGGGCGGACACGGCAAGAUGAGCUUAGAAAAUGACGAGAAGAGAGCUCGUACGAGAUCCAAGGCCCUCCGAGCUCCCCCAGAGCCCACAGGUGCCGACCUCAGCUGUCCCACUCCCGGAUGCACGGGCUCGGGACAUAUCCGGGGCAAGUACUCCAGGCACCGAAGUUUACUGAGCUGCCCUCUGGCCAAGAAGAGGAAGCUGGGGGGCGCCGAGGCCGAGCACCUGGGGUCCAAGCGGAAGGCGCACCCCCUGAAGCUGGCUCUGGACGAGGGCUACGGCGUGGACAGCGACAGCAGCGAGGAUGCCGAGGUGAAGGGCGCCUCUGUUUCUGAUGAAUCGGAAGGAACUGCGGAGGAGGACGAGGCUGAGGCGUCAGGACAGGAGGAGAUUCAUCGCCCCGAGCCAGCUGAAGGGAGGAGCCCCAUCAAGGCCCGUUUCGGAUCCAAUCCCAUCAGCAGCCUCACGGGCUCCUCCAAGGGCAGCUACAGCAGCUAUCAGGAGAUCAUUGCAACUUCUCUCCUAAAUUUGGGCCAAAUCGCCGAAGAGACACUGGUCGGGGAAGACUCGGGCCAGGGGGCCAAGCGGGGCGCCGGCAUCGUGCGCCUGGUGCGGGAGGAGGCUGAGGAAGGAGCCACCAGCGGUGCGGGGGAGAAGGGUGUCUUCGUCCAGCCGGAGGACGCAGAGGAAGCGAUCGAAGCUACCAGGGAGCGCUCCCAGGAGCUGUGUCCCCAGUCCCUGGAGGGUGUGGCCAGCGAGGAGUCCAGCAAGCAGAGGGUGGCCCUGGGCACUGAGCGGGGGGAUGCCCCGCCUGACGCGAUCUGCCAGGAGCAGGCCCCCCCCGCCCCCCGCCCGGAGGCCUCUGAGCCCCGACGCCCGGCGCCGCCCAGCCCCAGGCCCGCGUACUCCGUCCUCGUGGAAGUGCGCUCUGAUGACAACGGCAAGGACGAGGACUCGAGGUCCCAGAAGUCCACAGUCACGGACGAGUCGGAGAUGUACGACAUGAUGACCCGCGGGAACCUGGGCCUCCUGGAGCAGGCCAUCGCCCUGAAGGCCGAGCAGGUGCGGGCCGUCCGUGAGCCAGGAUGCCCACCCGCCGAGCAAGGCCCGCUGGGCCCGGGCGAGCCGGGGAAGGCGGCAAGGCCCCUGGACGCCGCCCGGAAGAGCUACUGCAGCAAAGAUCCCUCAAGAGCUGAGAAGCGUGAGAUCAAGUGUCCGACACCAGGCUGCGACGGCACCGGCCACGUCACUGGGCUGUACCCGCACCACCGCAGCCUGUCUGGUUGCCCCCACAAGGACAGGAUCCCCCCGGAGAUAUUGGCCAUGCAUGAGAACGUGCUCAAGUGCCCCACUCCUGGCUGCACAGGCCAGGGCCACGUGAAUAGCAACCGUAACACGCACAGAAGUUUGUCUGGGUGUCCCAUUGCUGCUGCCGAAAAAUUAGCCAAAUCUCAUGAGAAGCAACAGCCACCGACGGGAGACCCUUCCAAGAAUAGCUCCAGUUCGGAUCGGAUUCUCAGGCCCAUGUGCUUUGUGAAGCAGCUUGAGGUCCCUCCGUACGGAAGCUACCGGCCCAGCGCGGCCUCCACCACACCCAGGGCCAACCUGGCCAAGGAGCUGGAGAAGUUCUCCAAGGUCACCUUCGACUACGCGAGUUUUGACGCUCAGGUUUUUGGCAAGCGCAUGCUUGCCCCAAAGAUUCAGACCAGCGAAACCUCACCGAAAGCCUUUAAAUCCAAACCUUUCCCAAAGGCCUCUCCCCCCAGGCCCAGCCCCUGCACUUCGUCCUCUUCUACAGGCUUCGACUACGCCCAUGACGCGGAGGCCGCACACAUGGCCGCCACGGCCAUCCUGAACCUCUCCACGCGCUGCUGGGAGAUGCCCGAGAACCUCAGCACGAAGCCGCAGGACCUGCCCAGCAAGGCCACGGACAUCACGGUGGAUGAGAACGGAACCCUGGAUUUGAGCAUGCACAGACACCGCAGGCGGGAGAACGCUUUCCCCGGCGUCGGUGGUGGCCCCGGCGUGACCUCACCCGAUGCCUCCCAGGGCCAGAGCAUCACUGCCCCCAGCAGCUCCGUGACCUCGCCCCAGUCCAGCCAUGCCUCCCGCCAGGACGAGUGGGACCGGCCCCUGGACUACACCAAGCCCAGCCGCCAGCGAGAGGAGGAACCCGAGGAGUCAGAGCCAGCAGCCCAUUCUUUUGCUUCUUCUGAAGCAGAUGACCAGGAAGCGUCGGAGGAGAAUUUUGAGGAGAGGAAGUACCCCGGGGAGGUCACCCUGGCCAACUUUAAGCUGAAGUUUCUCUCCAAGGACAUAAAGAAGGAGCUGCUCACCUGUCCCACCCCCGGCUGUGACGGCAGCGGCCACAUCACUGGGAACUAUGCUUCCCACCGCAGCCUCUCUGGUUGCCCUCUUGCUGACAAGAGCCUCAGAAACCUCAUGGCUGCCCAUUCUGCUGACCUCAAGUGCCCCACACCCGGCUGCGACGGCUCCGGCCACAUAACGGGGAACUACGCAUCGCACCGGAGCUUGUCAGGCUGCCCUCGUGCCAAGAAAAGCGGAGCCAAGGCUACACCCGCAAAGGAUGACAAGGAAGACCCUGAGCUGAUGAAGUGCCCAGUUCCAGGCUGCGUGGGGCUUGGUCACAUCAGCGGCAAAUACGCCUCUCACAGAAGUGCGUCGGGCUGCCCUCUGGCCGCCCGAAGGCAGAAAGAGGGCUCCCUCAAUGGCUCAUCCUCCUCCUGGAAGCCCCUGAAGAACGAGGGGCCCACCUGCCCCACCCCGGGCUGCGACGGCUCCGGCCAUGCCAACGGCAGCUUCCUCACCCACAGGAGCUUGUCCGGCUGUCCCAGAGCGACCUUCGCUGGAAAGAAGGGAAAAGUCUCAGGGGAUGAGGUUCUCGGCACGAAAUUCAAGACGAGUGAUGUGCUGGACAGCGACGAGGAGAUCAAGCAGCUGAACCAGGAGAUUCGCGACCUGAACGAGUCCAACUCCGAGAUGGAGGCCGCCAUGGUGCAGCUGCAGUCCCAGAUCUCGUCCAUGGAGAGGAGCCUGAAGAGCAUCGAGGAGGAGAACAGGCUCAUCGAGGAGCAGAACGAAGCCCUGUUCCUGGAGCUGUCCGGCCUGAGCCAAGCCCUCAUCCAAAGUCUUGCCAACAUCCGCCUUCCGCACAUGGAGCCAAUAUGCGAACAGAAUUUUGAUGCCUAUGUAAGCACCCUCACCGACAUGUACUCCAACCAGGAGUGCUACCAGAACCCCGAGAACAAGGACCUCCUCGAGAGCAUCAAGCAGGCCGUGAGGGGCAUCCAGGUCUAGUCCUCCUCGUGUGAGGAGCCCUCGUGCUGAUCCGGGGCACCAGGGGUACCCCGACUUGCCUCCAUCUUUUACCUCCCUUGCCCUGCCCUCCCAGUGGAGAUUCCCAACUCACAGUGACUUCUAGUUGGCAGCCCAGGGCGGCCUCGGGGGGUUUACCCAGAGGGGUGCCUGGAAAUCCGUGUCUCCCUCGAUGCGAUGCGCUUGCCGGGCCGGAGGCCUUGACCUCUCCAUGCGAGUGCGGGGCGUGAAGUAUUACAAAGUGAUUUAUUUUUGCUUCUGAAAGCUCGAAGUCUCCAGGGGAAACUCAAGGACCAGGUUCUCAGGGAAGUUUUGGAGCUGCAACCACAGUACUCCUUUGUCUGUCAAGGCCGAGAGGGCAGCCCGGCCGGGCGGUGGUGCGUGUGAUGAGUCAGCGGGAGCGGCCAGUGCGCCUGCGCGGUGAGGCCGCGUGGCAAGUGUGUUUCCUGUUGUCCUUUAAUUCAGUUUUUACGUUAAGGGUGGAAGAGAACAGCGUUCCAGAGGGUGGGUUAGGAGUAGGCCUCGAGGACGCUGGCCCGGGACCCCCUGAAAGAGAGCGCCAGCUCCGCAUGGAAGCACCCCUGGCCGGGCCUGCAGACCCUGUGCUCAGGGCUUGGCUCCCUCGAGGCUGUGGCCUUUAGGCCCAUGUUGGGGUCAAGGCCGGGGCCUCUGGCUCUCUGUGUGCCCACGUGGCCCGUGACCCGCCCGCCACCCGGGUCAUGGCGAGCUUUACUGAGGCGGGGACAGUGUCAGCGAGGUCAGGGGAUAAGUUCCUAACUAGAGACCACCAAGGUGUCACUUCUUUUUAGAUCCAUUCGAGAUUCGAAAGAAGGUAAAUUUUGAUUUAAUGUGUUAAAAACACAAUGUUCCUAACGUGUAAAUAGAGUCCAAAUCAGCUGUGACUGCGAUUCCAAGUUAGUAUUUAAAAGUAGAGAAAUUGCACUUCCUGGAAGAAAUAAGAAAGUAGUUAGUUUAAUUAUUCUGUAAAUUAUUUAAUUUUGUCAAAAUGUAAGUAUUUAUAUUCACAACCUCUUAUGUUAACGUUUGCUAUUUAUUUAACAUUUUUAUUUAUUAAUUUUAUACUAUUUUACCUAGAUCCCACACUAGGACACACGAGAGGGAAAUAAAUGAAAUCAAAGCGAAAUUAACGAUUUCACUAUGAGAUAGGCCACACAAAAAAUCUUGCUAUAACUUCUAGUUAUGAUUUUAAUGCAACUGAGUUAUUUUUUAUAUAUUUUGUUAUUUAUUCUUUUAAUAAUGGAAUUUUAAAAAAGUAUUUUGUAACAGGAAUUUUGAUAAUUUGGGGAUAUUUCCCCCUCGGUCCAAUGGAAAGAACGACUUUUUGGUUUUCUUCAUCCCUUUUGGCUCCUUUUGUUUCAGGCACGGACGACAGCAAAUGGAAUUCUGUAUUUAUUGUUUAUUUAAGCGUAGUGCAGAUGUGUGUGCUCUGGCGUGUUUCUUGUGUCGCGUCUGUGUGCCGGUUCUUGAUGUGAGUCCUGUCGCUGUGAGGGGUGCUGGCCGCAGGCCUCCCUGAGCAGCUGCCCGCCCUAGGCUCCCGUCCCUCUGACAGCUCUGAUACUGUGAUUCUCCUUCCUCAGGAAACGUUGAACCCACAGCACAGCACUUCUCAGUGUGUCUGCAGGGUGAUUUCCUAAUAAAAGUCCACUCUGACUGCGAGUGGGAGCUGUGUCUGGUGAGGGUGCCGUCUCUGUCCCGAGAGCUCUAGGGGUCACCUUCCUGGGGAGUGGGUGGUGGGUGGGCUCUCCUUGAUGCUACACGUGGAACCCACAUCUCCUUUGUGGAACCGCCCUCCCCCCCAAGGUUUGAGUCACAGACCUGCAUGUGUAAAUCAGAGUUUUCUCUUAGGGUCAGAAGCAGUCUUCCUGCUGGGGUGGCUAGACUGGGGGUGUGAAAUGGGGGUGCCCAAGGCCCCCUCUCCUGGCUGCAGGAGAGAGCCAUCUGCAGAGGAGGGAGUUUGGGCAUUUAGGAGGGAGGCAGAGCUGGGAGGGCGAGAGAAAGGUGGAGGUGGGAGGGGGAGGCAGACAGAGCUCCUGGAUUCAGCCAUACCUGAAGGCGGCGAUGGCUGUAGUGGCUCCUCACUGCUUUACCCUUUGUGUCAGGCGGGGCUCUCCCAGGUAGGACUUAGGUUUGGGGCUUCUGGUCACAUUCAGCCUGAACUGUCAACACACUUUGACCCCACUGGGAAUCUGGCCCUUGAGGGCAAACUGGAGCUCCCGCCCGAAUUGAGAACGAAGGGAGAGUCUUAGGAAUGCUGGGCCUCACUUCCAAGACCCGUCCCAGCUGGACCGUUGAGGGUCUAGAGGGCCUCAGCUGCUGGCUGUGGGGACCAGAGCAUGUGACAGUGCGUGGAACCUGUGCAGCCUUGAGGAGGGGCUCCCCGGGGGGGCACAGGGAACCAAUGGUCCGGGUUGGUGCUCAUCUGUGUCAGCACGCAGAUGCUGGGGUGACAGCAUUCUGGAGGCGUGAGAGUUGGCAGGAGACGAGCAGAGGCCAGGACUGCGGAAGAAUGGGCGAAGGGCCGUGUCCGUCCCACGCGUGACACCCUGCUCCCACCCUCUCCCCGGGCUUUGCCCGCUCCCUGCCGAGGGUUUAGCGGGCCUCUUAGCCUCCUGACUCUGAAACGUUGUGCUUCGGGGGACCCAGCUUACCGCACCCCGACCUGGCACCAGUUCAGCCAGAACCUCUCCCCAGCGCCACCCGGCACGGCCUCAGCGCAGAUUUCCAAGGGCUCCAGCAACGUGAGAAGCGCUGGUGCCCGUGGAGGUGACGGUUGGGUGCCGGCGCACUUGCCACGCAGGUCUCCAGCUGGCUUCGUCGCGGUAAGCUCUGCCUGUGGGCUCUGCAGAACCUGGUUGGUCCAAAGAACAACAAAGACAACACGGCUGGGAAGAGGGCCCCAGAGGUCAGCGUCCAGAGCAGGUGAGUGCACAGAUGUGGGGGGACAGAGGGGCUGUGGAGGGCGGGGGCAGGGGCGGGCCAGAGGCCCCCUCCACGAGCCACAUCUCAGUGAAGUUCUGUAUGCAUAGUUGGCGGACAGGUGGGCCACAGCAAAAGGACAGCCUGGGGAGAGGUCAGCUCCAAACCAGCCCUGGACUGGCCCUGGGCCUGGGCUCCAGCAAAGAUGGACUCAGCCUUGCCCUCAGGGCUGCUCAGGUCCACGGCUGGCCGGGUGGGCCAAGGUCGUGCCCCUGGAGUGUGGGAUCUCGGAAGACCUCUCAGAGGCCGUGUGCCGGAUGUGGCCGGUGGAUUGGAGGAGAGGGGGCUUCCUGGAGAGAGAGCACCGUGGGCACGGAUGCUGGCGUGUAGGACCCUGGCGUUGAAGAACCACAGCACUGAGGAGGCUGCUUUGCUCCUAUGAGACCUGUGGGCUUUCCAAGCUGUUCUCCGGCUGCAGGAUUCUGGGAGGUCCUAGGCAGCCUGGCCUCGGGCUUCUGGGUCCUCGGUGUCCCUCGGCUUCCAUUCGCGAUGAUACCCUGGGCUUCUGCGGCUUUGUCCACUGUGGUGUCAGCAGACCUGGGCUUGAAUGGGGCUCUGCACCUACCUGCUGGUGUCUGCGUGUGAUGCUGUGGGCAGAGGGUCCACGGCAGCCCCUCUGGCUUCAAGCAGAUGCAGCAGCACCGUGGUGCUAGAAGGUUGUAUGGUCCCACAGUCUGAUGAUGACAUUAGCUGUUCACCCCCCAAAAAGCUGAUCCCACCUCCUGCUUGGAGGGUCUGCCUCAGCCACCAGCCUCCUGGGGUCCAGGGUUGGGGGAGGGUCUUGGUGUCAUUGGCAUAUGCUCUCUUAGGAUUUAUUUUUGGGGUGGGGACCUCAUCCACAGCCAGGCCACCUCUCCCAGCCGGCAGACCCUUCUUUUACACCCUGCAGAGAAUAAAACUCAAGGCUUUAUCCUGAGGGAGGGGAGCGUUCCCCAGCUCUCAGAGACACUUGCCACCAGCCACCUUGGUUACAGGCCCUUUCUUCCCUCUCCAGCAUCACCUGAAUCUGCCAGGUACCCGGGUUCUGAAGUGCGGAUGGCCUUGGUUCUGAGCUUCCCACACUCUAGCUAUAAUUCGGGUUUGGGGUCUGCUAAGUCGUCCACUACAUAUUGGUGUCUUUUCUGCCUUCUGAAUCACAUUGUUGUCUCCUCUUCCAUCUUCCCAUUCCUGCCAGUUUAUACCUUUUUUUUUAAAAACAUCUUUAUUGGAGUAUAAUUGCUUUACACUGGUGUGUUAGUUGCUGCUGUAUAACAAAGUGAAUCAGAUAUACAUAGACAUAUGUCCCCAUAUCCCCUCCCUCUUGAGUCUCUCUCCCACCCUCCCUAUCCCACCCCUCUAGGUGGUCACAAAGCGCCGAGCUGAUCUCCCUGUGCUAUGCGGCUCCUUCCCACUAGCUAUCUGUUUUACAUUUGGUAGUAUAUAUAAGCACAGGCCACACUCUCACUUCGUCCCAUCUUACCCUUCCCCUCCCCGUGUCCUCAAGUCCAUUCUCUACGUCUGCGUCUUUAUUCCUGUCCUGCCCCUAGGUUCUUCAGAACCAUAUAUAUUUUUUGAUUCCAUAUAUAUGUGUUAGCAUGCGGUAUUUGUCUUUCUCUUUCUGACUUACUUCACUCUGUAUGACAGACUCUAGGUCCAUCCACCUCACUGCAAAUAGCUCAAUUUCGUUUCUUUUUAUGGCUGAGUAAUAUUCCAUUGUAUGUAUGUGCCACAUCUUCUUUAUCCAUUCAUCUGUUGAUGGACACUUAGGUUGUCCAUCCUAAUAGCUUGGACUUCCAUGUCCUGGCUAUUGUAAAUAGUGUUGCAAUGAACAUCGUGGUACAUGACUCUUUGAAUUACGGUUUUCUCAGGGUAGAUGCCCAGUAGUGGGAUUGCUGAGCCGUAUGGUAGCUCUAUUUUUAGUUUUUUAAGGAACCUCCAUACUGUUCUCCAUAGUGGCUGUAUCAAUUCACAUUCCCACCAGCAGUGCAAGAGUGUUCCCUUUUCUCCACACCCUCUGCAGCAUUUAUUGUUUGUAGAUUUUUUGAUGAUGGCCAUUCUGACUGGUGUGAGGUGAUACCUCACUGCGGUUUUGAUUUGCAUGUCUCUAAUGAUUAGUGACGUUGAGCAUCCUUUCACAUGUUUGUUGCCUGCCAGUUUAUACCUUAAAAACUGUCACUUUAGCCAGGUUUUGAGAGGGUGCCAAUGUAGAUAGGCGUGUCCACCUGCCCUCCUUACCUGGACCCACAGGUAACGCCCCAAGUGGGUGAGCAUCGGGCUGUGUGUGGAGGCUGUGUUGAGGCCACCCCAUGAUUGCAGGAGAGACUUUCCCCUUGACCACUGCACCCCUAAGGCUCAUGGCUCCGUAGAGGCUGUGGGUGUGGAGGGUUUCCUAACACUGGGCGAUACGGGGCCACACCUUGCCAUACGGGUCUGCAGGUGUCAUGACGCUGCCUUUCUCUUUGCUCCUCCUUGAAAUACGAGGUGGCUUCUCCGAGAGAAGCCCAGCCCCCACCUCAGCCAGGUGCCCGUCAGGUUAAAACAUAGGGGUGCCAGGGGACCCACGACUGUGGGCACACCACCAGUGCUGGCAGCUGACCCUAGGGACACGCUCCUGCGGUCCCUUCUGCCCCCCAGACCCCGCCCCUGCUAGCCUUGCCCCUCUCCCUGUCCCGUCUGGUGUAGGGUGUGUGGGCCACUGAAGCCUGGCCUCUACCCUUCCAGCGCCUUUGAUGGCUCCCUCAUCCCUCCCCUCUGUGCCCUCCUCCAGCCUGUCCCCCUUGCGCCCCGCAGAAGCUGCCCUGGGUCUCCUCCUGGCCUCUCCCCUCCCUUUCUCACCAUCCCUACAAGAGUGUGCCACGUGCAGGGAACGCCCACACUGUCCCCAGGCCUGCCUUUCCCAGUUCUAGCACCUUCUGGGUCUCCACUUGGAUGUCCCACCUGCCACAGGAAGGCUGAGCAGGGUGCCCCCUGGAUCAGGCCAGAGUGGGGAGAGGGGUGGCUGCAUGGGGCAGGAGGUGGGCCCAGGGCCCUGGCUCUGAAUUAGGAGGAUCCAGUGUGCUCCUGGACACCUCAGCUAGGAGCAGCCCACAGCGGGGAGCCACGCCUGGCAGGAGCCCCAGGAGUUAAGAAGUCCCCAGACCUGCUUGGACCGUCAAGGGAGAGACCCUGAGCCUAACCCUGCCCGACAGGUGGCUCCACGGUGAACUCCAGAGGAGCUCUGGUCCCUCCUCCCAGGGUGCUAAGCUCUGAGAGAAAAGCAAUCAGUGCUUCUGAUUCAUAAAUAACUUUGCUUUAAAACAUGACGGAGGGGCCACAAAGAGAAAGUAUUUGUCUCCCUUCACCUCGGGCUAAUUACAGACAGGGUCUUUUUUUUUCCAGAAUGAGAAGGCUCUUUGCAGAUCAGCUUGUCUGUAGUGUGGCCCAAGGUACACUGCCCCACUGCAGUGUGGGAGGAGCCAGGUGGAAGCUGGCCUCUGUGUCUUGGACAAAGAGGUUGACGUAGCCGCAGGGGCCCCACCUGGACGUCAGGGGUCUGGGGCCACCAGGCCCAGGAGAUUCCCUUCUCAGCUUUACUGCCAGGUUCACAGUCCAUGCCGUCCGACGGGAGGAGGACGGACCAGCCACAUGUUCUGAUCUCCUCUUUCUGGAGCCUCCUGGAGAGGCUCCUCCUUCACUGUGAGCUGGGGAUGGUGGCAGCCACCAGGCAGGCCAGACCUGCUGUCAGAGUGGCCCCUCUCCAGUUGUUGUCCGGUGAGGAUUCACUGUCACUGGGGUAGCCAUGGGUUUCCCUCAAGGGCGGCCAGGCUUGUCCAAGAUGUCUUCUCUGGACGCCUAAAGGCGGUCUCCUCCGAUGCACACAUUUUCAGUCAGAGGCAGAGAGGAGUAAGACAUGGUCCUUGCCCUGGGACCGCGUUUUCCAGAACCUUCCUGAUCAUUCCGGAGCCACCUUGACACUGUAUCCUCCCUGGAGGCCCCUCCACAUUCAUGCUAUUCCCAGAGGUUACAGCGGCCUCCUGGCCUCAUCCCCUGUGCUGACCCUGGGUGGAGGAAGGUCUGUCCCACGUGAUUCCUGCCAAGCUGGGGUCUGGGAUCACGACCAGACCCUCAAACGUGUUUCCUUCUUAAAGUGCUGAGUCUAGGGGCCUUUUAGAGUCCAGACAACUUUAAAUUGAGAAAUCAUGUGUGCAUGUUCAGAGGGGUUCUUUCCCUGGUCCACAGCCCACCCCAAAUUCUUUAGUGCAGCAGGGAUACUUCCCAGCUCACGGUCCCCACGUGUCCUGUGAACACAGCGCUCAGAGCGGUCCAGGCCCUGGGCAGGUCGACCCUCUGUGGCAGUUUCCUCAUCAGUUCAGGGGGCAGACAUGCUGAGACAAGUGCGUGCACUGCAGUGGGGAGCAGGCUGCCCUGAGACAUCUGGACACCCCACCCCUGCCAUCGCAUGUCCCUGGGAAGCCAGCUCAGAGGCAUCUGUGAGAGGCAUCACCACAGUGGUGGUGAUGUGCUCCAGGCCUCAAGGCUCACGCCCCUGGCCACAGAGCUCUGCCCCAGGGGCCAUCCACACCCAGCCCGCACUCAUGCUAGAGGGGCCCUAGGGUACCCCCAACAGGUUUAUGUGCCCCUGCGUGGCCAGUGGUGUGGGGGAGGGGAUGCUGCUGCUGCCCUGCACGUUGGAGCCCUGGGUCGGGACUGACGGUCUUCAAACAUUGUUCAGUCACCUAAACCCUUUAAGUGGAGUGUCACCCGGAGCCCCCAUGCUGCUCUGGCGGAGGCUGAGGGUCAGACUGGUGUGGCCGUGGGCAGCCAAGCACAGAACUCAUGCUCAGCAGGGUGGGGGAUUUGUAGGGUUGGAGGAGGGCCCAGGAAGUACGUCUGGACAGUGGUGAGGGGCAGCACAUGGACAUGAGUUAGGAGUAUGCCGAGAUGCCCCUCACGGGCGCUCCUGGUUUCCGAUACGUUAGCACAGGUGUCAGCUCUCUGGUUUGAGUCCAGGCCCGUCUCAUACCUGGGAACCUUGAGCAGGACACUUCCAGCCUCUGUGCCUCGGUUUCCUUCUCUGUAAAGGGGUCCACGGCACAUGCUGCUGAAGGAGAGUGGGAGGGAGCGAGCGGGAGCGCAGGCCCCGGGCCACAUGCCACCCCUGACGCUCUGGGGACCCCCUCUAGCCGCCUCUCCUUCUUGCACCCCCCAUCAGCACCAACCACCACUCCUGGCUCCAAGAUCUGCCCCUCGUGGGUCACCAGACGCCUGAUGUCUGACCACAGCUGCCAGCUAAGCCCUGGGUUUGGAGGCGCCCCCCAGGGCACUCCUGUCUGCAGAGUCUAACUGCCACCCACCUGGCGCCCGCAGGGUCAAUGCGACUGCUGCUGCCACCUGCACUAGCAACUGGUCUUGUCCACUGACGGCUGCAGCCAGAGGUUCUGGAGUUUGCUCUUCCCAGGCUGGCCCCAUGUCUCUAAGGCUGCUACCCGCUCACGCUGUCCCCUCAAGCUUUCCCUCUCAUAAGUCAUAAAACACAGUGAGAGCUGGCUAAGGGGGAGGGGCCCCUCGAACCCUGGGAACGGCACUCUAAGAAAUGCGGGUGUCAGCACCUCAGGGUGCUUCCGCCCCAGGUGUCCUGUAGACAGACCUCUGGGCCCUGAUCUGCUACCACUUCUGGGUCAGGACCCUGUAUUAGCCAGGGUUCUCCAGAGAAACAGAACCAAGAGGAGAUACCUAUAUCAGCUGUAUCUAUAUCUGUAUCUGUAUCCGUAUCUGUAUCCGUAUCCGUAUCUAUAUCCGUAUCCAUAUCUAUAUCUAUGUCUAUAUUUAUAUCCGUAUCCAUAUCUAUAUCUAUAUCCGUAUCCGUAUCUAUAUCUAUUAUCUAUAUCCGUAUCCGUAUCUAUAUCCAUGUCAUGUGUAUCUGUCUAUACCCGUACAUCUAUAUCUAUGUAUGGAGAGUGGUUUAUUUCCAGGAACUGGCUCACACAAUGUGGGGGGGCAAGUCUGCAAUCUGUAGGGCAGGCCAACAGCCUGGAGACCCAGAAGACCUGACGUCUGGAGGUGGGUGGCAGUGAGAGGGUGGUGAGUGGGAUCUCCUCAGCUGCAUGGCUGAGGCCCUCCAUUCUGAUGGGUGAUUUGCUUUAUUCAAAGUUUACUGAUGUAAAUGUGAACCACGUUUAAAAGAUACCCUCACGGCAACACCUAACUGGUAUUUGACCAAGUAUCUGGGCACCAUAACCUAGUCAAGUGGCCACAUAAAAGUAAUCAUUGAAGAUUCCUGAGCCCGGGCAUUGCUAACCUUUUAUUAAGGUGGUUUGUUUUAAGAUGAGAAGUUAUUUUUCAGAAUCCCUUCCCAGUCAUUUUACUUAUAUGAAUACAUUUGAGUUCACCAAUAUUUCCAGAUCAACAUCAAACAUAGUACAAAUAGCAGAGAAGCCUCAACUCAUGUCUGAAACUGUGGCUAAUUCCACCACAAAGGGCUACGAAUGGCUUAAAAUGAAGAAGAACAAACUUUUUUCUCUUUUCAGAUGACCUAGUUUGGACGCUCUCAACACAACAGUGCAGCGGCGACGCCUUGUGGUCAAUAUCGGGUCUCGUCAUUGCUAUGGCCUGGCCCUGGGAUGCGAUCCGUCCUGCCUCACUUCACAGAUGGCCAGAGGCAGGAGAGAAGGUCCAGGUGUAACAGCAUUCACUUGCUCUGAGGCCCCCUCCUUGACCCCCCCAGUGGAGUCUGAUGCGUCUGUGGGCAGUAAUCUCACUCCGAGGCCCCAGAUGCGGAGAGUGGACGUGAGCCCUUCCCCCUCCGUUGGAGGAGACGUUGGAAGCGGGGCUGGGGGUGGGGUGGGGUGGGGGAGGCAUGUUUUAGUUACUGUAAUUGCAAAGGCAAUUCUUGUCCAUAGUAAAAACAGCACUGAAGUAGGUAAAGUGAGAAGUGACGUCUUGUCCAGGACCGAGGCACACUAAAAAAUAAUCUUAUAUAUUUACCCACACAGUUAGCACUUCCAGGGCUCUUCAUUCUUUUGUGUAGAUCUGUAUUUCCAUCUGUUAUUGUUUGCUUUCUGCAUGAAAAACUCACUUUAUCAUUUCAUGUGUCAACUUAAAAAAAUGCACGUGAGAGUUGCGAGUUAAGUUUUAUUUGGGGCAAAAUGAGGACUGCAGCCCAGGAGACAGUAUCCCAGAUAUCUCUGAGAAACCGCUCCAAAGAGGUGGGGGGAAGGUCAGUAUAGAUGUGAUUUUGGCGAAGGGGGAGCACAUGCAGUCAAACACAUAUCUUUUUGCAGAAGGUUUCUGCUAGUCACGAGGAACAGACGUCACCAUGAAGGAUUUUAGUGCUUUUCUAGAUACGAGGAGAUACAAGAAGUGGGCUCUUAAGAAUGGCUCCUGGAAAUACCUAACUAUCUGAAGACCUGUUCUGCCACUUUUUCCCGGAGCACAGAGUCCCUCAUUUCUGCUCUCCACCCUGAACUCCUUUCAAGGGGUGUUGAAAGUCAGCAGCUGCAGCUACAGGAGCAGCACAUGAUUUAAUCUUUGUAGAGGCAGCUGGCAAGUGCCCAUGGCAAGGGCUGAUUUGUUGUUGACACAUGUUGUGUGGGUCUGCUGCUGCUUCUAGCUUUUGUAUGUCUGAAAAAAAUUUCAUCUCCUUUUAAAAAAAAUUAAUAUACUUCAUUUUUGCCAGUAGUUUUUUUUUUUUGCGAGUAGUUUUAUGUUUACAGAAAAUAGGGGAUAGUACAGAGACUUCCCGUAUACCCUCUCUCCCCUGCACACGGUUUCCCCUAUCAUUAACAUCUUGCAUUAAUGUGGUACAUUGUUACAACUGAUGUACCAAUAUUGAUACACUAUUAAAGACCAUAAGUUACAUUAGGGUUCACUUUUGGGGUUGUGCAUUCUGUGAGUUUUGACAAUGCAUAUGUCAUAUAGCCACCAUUACAGUAUCACACAGAAUAGGUUCACUGCCCUAAAAACCCUAUGUGCUUUGUUUAUUUGUCCCCCCUUCCCCCAACCCCAUCCCUGGCAACCACUAAUCUUUCUACUAUUUCUACAGUUUCGCCCUUUCCAAAAUGUCAUAUCAUACAGUAUGUACGUAAUCACACAGUCUGUAGCCUUUUGAGACUGAUUUCCUUCAUUUAUUUAGAAACAGCAUAAGGUUCCUCCCUGUCUUUUCAUGGCUUGACAGCUCAUUUCUUUUUAGUGCUGAAUAAUAACAUUCCAUAGUUGGGAUGUACCACAGUUGUGCACAAAAAUUGGCAAUUAUGAAUAAAGCUGCUGUAAACAUUCGUGUGCAGGUUUUUGUGUGGACGUAAGUUGUCAGCUCCUUUGGGUAAAUACCAGGGAGACUGCUGUAUCUGAUGAGACUGUUUAGCUUUGUGAGAAGCUGCCACGCUGUUUUCCAAAGUGGCUGCACUAGUUUGCAUUCCUGCAAGCAAUGAAUGAGAGUUCCUGUUACUCCAUAUUCUUACCAGCAUCUGGUGUUGUCAGUGUUUUGGGCUUUAGCCGUGGUAGCAGGUGUGUAGUGUGUCUCGUUGUUUUAAUUUGCAUUUCCCUGAUGACAUAGGAUGUUGAACAUCCUUUUAUGUGCUGAUUUGCCAUCUGUAUGUCUUUUUUGCUGAGGCAUCUAUUCAGGUCUUUGGCCCAUUUUUAAAUUGGAUUAUUUGGCUUCUGUUGUUGUUGAGUUUUAAGAGUUCUUUAUAUAUUUUGGGUACAAGUCCUUUAUAAGUUAUGUGUUUUGCAAAUAGUCUCUCUCAGUCUUUGGCUUAUCCUUUCAUUCUCUUAAUAGUGUCUUUCACAGAGCAGAAAUUUUGAAUUGUAAUGAAAUCCACCUUACUGGGACUUCCCUGGUGGCACAGUGGUUAAGACUCUGCGCUCCCAAUGCAGGGGGCCUGGGUUCGAUCCCUGGUCCGGGAACUAGAUCCCACAUGCGUGCCACAACUAAGAGUUCGCAUGCCACAACUAAGGAGCUGGCGAGCCGCAACUAAAGAGCCCGCCUGCCUCAACUAAGAUCCAGUGCAACCAAAAAAAAAAAAAAAAAAAAAAGAAA